CCAGUACCACGCUAAACCAUCACAACGAGUUUCCACGCCUACCGAAAUGCUUUUAUCCAUAUAAGAGUAGUUACACACGCCGGCGUCUCAGUAGAAAGUAUUCGGUUGCCCAGUGCAGUGAUCAUGAGGUCUAUGUUAAUACUGCUGCUCGUAGCGGCUAGUCAUGCCACAAAAGUGACAAACACAAGAAGUAAACAAAAGACGGAUUCCGAAAGAACAGAGAACAGGGAGUACCACGGCAACAACGGUAUUGAAAAGAGAACACCGCUUUUGCCAACAGUGACACCAUCGAUUGCAGCUGGGGUUGAAUACGCUGACGACAACAAGCAAACACUACAGGAGAAGUCGCCUUCACAGCAAAUCUACGCAACACCUGUGCCCCAAAUAGCCAAGAUAUCCGACGUGUUAGCCCAGGGGCCUCCGUUCCAAAAUGCUAUAGCUAACCAACUAUACUCGCCUGUUUCUGUCUAUCAGCCCAGGUUUCCAACUUACGAAGUUUCGCAACCCGUUCCGUCUCAACUGGCAUACGCUGAACACUCUAUACAACCGAACUCGAUCCAACAAUCGAUACCCAAGCAAAACUUUGACGCCAAUUAUCAACCUCAAGUUUAUCAAUUACCAGCGAAUUUUCCUCAGCCAAUAGCUAGCCAGCAGCCGCAGAUAGCGUACAAUCAAGGUCAACCGCUGUAUCAAGAUAACCAAUUGGGAUAUGUCCAGGAACAGCCGAUUAACCAAUCACCGAUUUACGUGAAGGAACCAGAGAAAGUUCAAUAUCAAGCUGUACAGCAGAUAAAGAACCCUCUUCAAAUUGUAACUCAAAAUCCACAGACCUAUUCCGCACAGCCUCAGGGAGCUGUAAGUUACGCCUCCUAUUCUAAAAACCAAAUUGAAGAACAAUCACACAAACCAGGAAGCCAGCAACCUGCGCAAUACCAAUCUCAACCUCUACAGCUCAUAAAAUACACACUUCAACACCAACCAUACAGCAGCCAAGCUAUUCAAGCUCAACCACAAUACCGUCAAACUCAGCCCACUCAGCAGUACAAACAACCACAACAAAUCCAACAGUAUCAGCAGGCCCAGCCUAUCCAACAGUUCGAGCAAGCCCAGCCCAUCGAACAGUACCAGCAAGCGCAACCAAUCCAACAGUACCAAGAAGCGCAGCCAGCCCAACAGUAUCUACAACAACAGAUCCAAUACCAGCCUCAGCAAUAUCAAGCUCAGCCACAACUAUUGCCUCAAUAUCAGAUUCCACAACAGUACGAGCAACCCCAGUACCAGCAGUAUCUCUCGGAGUCCAAAGUUCAGGAAGUAGCACAAAUACAACAGGUGCAACAGCCCCUUAAACAAAAGAAUGCGAAGCAGGUUUAUUUCAAGCAGCUAGCGCAAUCUCAAGCAGCUCAGCCCCAAGCUCCAGCACAAAAUGCAGAUUACUCAGGUCAAGGUGCGCUACCAACAUUCCCGCCAGUGCAAUACUUCGGCAAAUUCGCCCAUUCUAUCUUUGGACAGUACCAACAUUGAAAAUUGAUUGACGUUAUUUAUUUAUUAUUGUAAUCGUUACGUUUAAUUGAAAGAUUUGUUAUUUACUUUAACUAUGCGUUGUGUCUAAUAUCAGUGCUAAAACCUCUAAGGUACUACAUGUUUCUAAAACAAAACCAAAUAAUAGGUUUAAUUGUAAAAUCUAAUUUGAUUUUUUUAUUCAACGCCUAUAUUUACGUUAUAUUUACUAUAUUAUUGUAGCGAAUGAAGAGAAUUGUAAAAAAUAAUUCUACGAUACAAAAUGAGUUUGAUCCAAAUCCAUUAAGUAAGAAAAUAUAUUCGCAAAUUAACUUCGCAUUGUUUCGUGUAAAUAGUUUAGUUAUAUAAAUACAAUAUUUUAAUUUAAGAAA